CCGCCUUUCUUUACCACUAUCCCCUUCCCUCACUUACUAGUCAACCUCAUUAGCAUAUAGCACUAGCACUAGCACUACCAACCAUGGUCCUCACUCCGCUGUAUCAAGCGUACAAGUCACUUAUCUGGGCCGACCAGGCACUCUGGGGCGCGACCAGUGCGCCCGAUGCAUUCGGCCACCUCCUGGCCCUGUCUACACUCAAGCAGACGUUGGAUAUUUCCAAGCUGCCUGCCACGCCCGAGCGCACUACCCUGGAACGCGCUUGGAACCAGGCCGUAAAGGACCACACUUACGCUGUCGGUCUCGCCAACCUGUGCGGUACAUACUAUUUUUUGCGCCGCCUUACGCCCUUCAAUCUCGACGCGUGUCUCGGGCAGCUUGAGCCAGUGUACCCUGGUAUCCAGCUGUUUGUCAACUUUGCCAGAUUCGAGACCAACAUCAUGCAGGAAUGCGGACUUGGCCUAGAGCCAUUUGAUACGCUGCGCAGAGCACUGCCCCAGGACGGCGAGCUGUAUUUCAACACCCUUCAGUGCAUAGUCGGGUGCCUGCAGAAGAAUGCGGGCAUCACGCAGAUGCUGAGUGAAACUCGCAAGCUUUUUGGUCCUGCUGCCAGCAGUCUUGUUUGGGAAAUCAACGAUGCUGCGGCGGCAGCGUACGCGCAGCAGUUUGAUGACGACGAGUUUGCUGAUGAUGAGUUUGGCGCAGUUGAUGAUGAUAGCGCCAGGAGCAUUGCCGAGUCGUUCCACACGGCCGAAAUGCCUGUUGGUGUUGUCCAGUAGACACUGCAGCCGCU